AUGACAACAACAACACCUCCCUUCCCCUUCCCACCAACCUACAACUUCCCCCCCUUCUUCACCCCGCAACCAAACACAACAACCCGCCACUCGCAGCUCGAGAAAUGGUCCUCUCUGAUCCAAUCCUGGUGCCGGCAUCAUCGCCAAUACCGUCUCUCCCUAAUCGACGCCGUCGAAACACCGCUAUUCCACAAUACGGCCCUGCGCAAGCGCCUUGAUCUGCGCGAGGCCCGCGCGGUCAUCGACUGGAUGACUAAGAGCGAAGAGGAAGGCGGCGGUGGGCGGCGAGCGGAGUGGAUCUCGGAUGCAGGAGGCGCGUCGUCUUUAGGGGGGUUGGGAAAUGGUGCUGGGCAAGGGCCGAAGGCUGUUGCGUGGAUUUGGUGGAGGAGGCCUGAGGAGUGGGCGGAUGUGUUGGUCGAGUGGGUUGAGGGCACUGGGCAGAGGGGGUCGGUUCUGACCGUGUAUGAGCUUAUUCAUGGGGAGGGAGCAAUGUCGCAGGAGUUCCAUGGCAUGGAUACUGAUGUCAUGUUGCGCUCGCUGAAUGUCCUGGUUAAGAGGGGCAGGGCGCAGAUUUUUGGCGCUGAGGGCCAGGAGGGUGUCAAGUUCUUUUGA